GUUCGUGGCGUUGCGAGCGUUAAGUGGACCAAACUAACCAACUAAACGCUACCGUGGUGACGAAACGAAAAAACGCCUCAACAAUCGCUAGUCGACACGCAUGUAGACGUAGCAUUCUCUUUCGCUCAUGGUGCGCUGUACCGUUUAGAUCUUGCCACAAUGAAGCUAAACGUAUCGUAUCCUGCGACAGGAUGUCAGAAGCUGUUCGAGAUUUCGGAUGAGCACAAGCUCAGAAUUUUUUACGAAAAGCGCAUGGGUGCUGAGGUUGAAGCCGACGCGCUUGGAGAUGAGUGGAAAGGAUACGUUGUUCGCAUCUCCGGCGGCAACGACAAACAAGGCUUUCCAAUGAAGCAAGGUGUUCUAACGAAUGGUCGUGUGCGUUUGUUGCUGUCGAAGGGACACUCCUGCUACAGACCCAGACGUGAUGGAGAGCGCAAACGCAAAUCUGUUCGAGGUUGUAUUGUGGACUCGAAUUUAUCUGUGUUGGCUCUCGUCAUAGUUCGGAAAGGAAAACAGGAAAUCCCAGAGCUGACGGACAAAAACGUGCCACGUCGUCUAGGACCAAAGAGAGCGAGUAAAAUUCGCAAACUUUUUAACUUGUCCAAGAAAGAUGACGUCCGUCAGUUUGUGGUAAAACGACCUGUUCAGAAGGAAGGCAAAAAAGAGCGUUUAAAGGCACCGAAAAUUCAACGCCUUAUUACUCCAAUUGUUCUUCAGAGGAAAAGACAUAGGCUGGCGUUGAAGAAGAAGCGCUGCCUGGCACGUAAAGAGCAGGCCGCCGAAUAUGCGAAGCUCUUGGCGCAAAGGCAAAAGGAGGCCAAGAACAGACGCCAAGAGGAGUUGAAACGAAGGCGCAGCGCCUCCAUGCGCGAUUCGAAAUCUUCAAGCCAGUCAGCACCUACAUUGCAAAAAUGAAACGACUGGAUGUACAAUGUAUAUUCAUAAGUUAAUAAAAACCACUGAAAUAUAUACUA